UGCAAUGGUAACAAAUUUUAUAACAUAACCUCAGUUUUUUAUGUCACUUGCCAAGAAAACAGACUUUUUUAUCGAAACACAGUUAUAUUUCAAAUACGAGUAUUGUUCAUAUUUAUUACAAUUCGCGUAGUUUUGUGAGUGCAAUGAUGGUACGAAGGGACAAUUUCUUUAUUUAUAACUUUAUAAUACAUUUUUUGUGUCCAUGAUCUUAAACUAAAUUCCUAUUUUAAUCCCACUGACGUGUCCCGAUUCUAGUUAUAAUAUUUCUAUAAUAGACAAAUAGUGAUAAUUCAGUCUUAAAAAUGUUAAGUGUUAAACCACCAUGGUUGGUGUAGUUUCAAUAGUUGAGAAAAAUCGCUUUAUUUGAUCAAAUGGAGACACUGUGUGAGCAUGUUGACGCCGACGACGAAAAUUUCCUCCUCGAUGAUGAAAACGCUAUCAAAAGCUGUAAUAAAUGCAAAAGUCCUUCCAAUGGUUUUGUAACAAUGGACGACCACGUUGACACCCUUGAAGAUUCACCACUUCUCAUCAAUGAUUGCUAUCAUGACGAAUUCCAUUGCCACAACAUUUUGCAACAAUCCGAAGACAAAAAAGCCUGGAAGAAACUCCUAAUUGCGGCAAUUCUGUGCUUCUUUUUUAUGAUUACGGAACUAAUUGGUGGUUUUAUUGCCGGUAGUCUUGCCGUAAUGACAGAUGCGGCGCAUCUUUUCUCAGAUUUUAUCGGGUUUCUUAUUUCGCUUUUAUCAAUUUGGGUGGCACGUAAAGCUCCCACAAGAAAUAUGACUUUUGGGUAUUACAGAGCAGAGGUUUUGGGCGCAUUUUUGAGCGUUUUAACCGUUUGGUUACUCGCCGGCGUUUUUGCAGUACUUGCAAUUAACAGAUUGUUGAAGAAAGAAUACGAUAUUGAAGCUAAUACUAUGAUGUUGGUGGCCUCAUUAGGCCUUGUUGUAAAUAUUGUGAUGGGGGCUGUGCUUUUCGGCUUUUGUCACAACCACAGUCAUGGCCUUAGCGACCAAAGCAAUUCGAAUAUUAACGUGCGAGCUGCAGCAGCUCACGUUCUGGGCGACCUUUUACAAAGUUUAGGGGUGCUUAUAGCUUCAAUUAUUAUUAAAGUGUUUCCUAGUGCCAAAGUGGCCGACCCGAUUUGCACUUUAAUUUUUUCAGCGGUUGUUAUUUUCACAACUGCUAAAGUUGCAAAAGAUUCCAUUUGGUUGUUACUGGAAGGCAGUCCCAAACAUUCCGGUGAUCUAGCAUUUGAGUUAUUAAAUAUUUCGAAUGUUAGACAUCUUCAUAAUUUACAUAUCUGGGCUCUAUCUCCUGGGAAGGAUGCCGUUUCAGUCCAUUUGUGUGUUGAUAAAUACUCUAAUCGUGAUUCUAUUUUAAAGAAAGCUAAUUCACUCAUUAAGAGUCGAUUAAAUGUGAUAAGUUGUACUAUUCAGAUUGAAACUUAUAGUUUAGAGUUGAUUAAUUCGUGUAAGUUUUGUCAGUCGAUGCAGUGCUGACAAUGUUCUAAAGACAAGUUUGUAAUUUUUCCAAUUUAUUUAUUUAUAUUAUUACAAUAAGUGUCAUUGGAAGAGCAAUCACUGUCCAAAUAGCUGUUUUUAUAAUACUGAAAUAAAGUGAUUGACUGAA